AUGGACACGUCCACGAGCUUGGGGAAUGAUGACCAGCUCUUCCCCCCAGCAGCUUUACGCAGUCUGCCAAAUGCCACAGUCGACCUCGCAGGUCGAAACCACGAUGACCCCCAUUUCAACUACAGGUUUCUGAUCUUCCUCGUCCUGACCUUUGUGCUAUUCACCUUCUUCGUCCUCUACUUCAAUCGGCUCUUCGCCUCGAUCGUAUCCUACGGCAUCCGGACAUGGACCUGGCACAAACACCGAGUCUACCUCGACAUUAGCGCUCUGCAGAUAUCUUUGCUGGGCGGACGCAUAUUUUUCACAGGCUUGCGCUACCAUGGUUCGAACGAGACGUUCCUGAUACAGCAUGGCUAUAUCACCUGGCGAUAUUGGCUACGUAGGGUUCGCGAAGUCGACAUUGUCGCUGAUAAUCCAGCCGAAGGAGCCGCGCCGGGGAAGGAGAAGAAUGCAAAGCUUCCAUGCCGCGUGACGGUCAAUUUGAUUGGUGUCGAGUGGUUCGUCUACAAUCGUAGCCCGCAAUAUGACUCCAUCCUAGCCGGCCUGACUCGGAAUCAUCCUCAGAGCGCUAAUUCCACAGCCACCGCGGACACCGACGAGAAAGAGAGCCUACGAGAACGCAGGACUGGCCAUUCCGCAGCUGGUGGUGAAGAGGGAAACAGGCGCUUCGACCCAGCUAGAGCGCCCGAGGCCGAGAAAAGGGCGCCAUCCGACUCAUCUUCACCAGCGGAUGGAAGAACGAGUAUCGAGUCUGAUAGUCACACCGGGGACGGUGAUCGUGUCCAAAAACGAUCGGACCUGCCGUUCUUGGUACAAUUCUUCCCGAUUCACGUUGAGUGCGAUAGAGCUGCGGCCGUCAUUGGCAACGAGAAUACCAAGGGCAUUCUUACAGCCAAAGCCAAGACUAUCUCUGCAGUUGUGGACGCGUCCCAUGCCGACACUGUAGACCCCUAUCAGCAGGUUUUCAAAAUCGACUUUCAGCAUCCGGUUGUACAGAUCAAAGAGAAUGAGGAUUACAAGAGCGAUCAGCCUGCGCGAGCAACUGGAAAUACAGGAGUAACAAAAGUAGCCACAAAGGCCAACAGAUUUCGUCGUUGGUGGCGAAAGACUCUGGCGCCUCUCCGCCGAAUGGUUCCUCGUUGGGCAAGACCAUCCCGGCCUAAUCCCUUGGAAGCAGAUGCUGCAUUAGGAGUCGACCCCAGGAUACCUGGGUCUGACCAGUGGCAGGGACUAGCACGCUAUCUCAACGACCAAGAUCAAGACGACAAAGAAAGGUGGUCCUCGGUUGAGUAUGCCGCCGAAUCCACAGUCCUUGACAGCCCAGCUGCAACACUUGUCGUCUACUGGGAUGUUGUGAGCAAAGUGACUACGCAUGCCCGACAACGCCGUAGCACGGACAUCCAUAUCGACGUCAACGGAACCACUGCACCCGCGUGGGGCAUGGACUUCGCCAUCAAGGGUGGUCAAGUUAGCUAUGGGAAGAAGCGAGGCAGUCGUGCAAAGAAAGAGGCGAAAGGCGAAGCUUCACAGCAGCGCCCAGCCGCCUGGCUCGAAUUCAAAGUAUCGGCAGAUUCCUCUGUGGCAUAUCACAUGGAUAUGCUGGCAUCUGCGUCUGGAUAUCAAAGCGGCCUCACUGUAGACCUGACCGGUUCAGAGCUUCGCAGUGCGGUGAAUCAGAAUAUCCUGUGGCGCGGCGGAUCCCAUCGUAUCGAAUGCGAUCUCUCAACUCCGCUAUCAUGGAAUUCUCUGCGGCUCUGGAGCUUCAAGGUAGAACUUGAUGACCUCGAGCUCUUCCUACUCAGAGACCACAUCUUCUUGUUGAUCGAUCUUGUCGACGACUGGUCGACCGGGCCACCGCCCGACUACCUCGUGUUUACACCGUUCCAAUACUGCCUUGACCUGAGGCUUCAGCGGCUUAAGUUGUACCUCAAUGUUAAUGAAGGAAACAUUAUCGACAAACCGACCUCUCUGGAUGACAACGCAUAUCUGAUCCUGUCAGCGCCCCUUUUGGCUGCCAAAACCAGCAUUCCAUUGGACAAGUAUCGCCCCCAACAGAACGCGAUACCUUUCGAUGUACGCAGUGACACUCUAGAUCUGCUGUUCCACUCUCCUCAGUGGACCACCCAAGCAGCUUUCACCAAGUCCGGUGAAAUCGGACGAACCAACGAUCUGGAUGUCAUCCUGAGCAUCAAGACAGAUGACCCAAGGAUUAUGCUGCCGACGAACCUCUAUUCGUCGUCUCAAUACAUUCAAGCCGAGCUGUCGACUUUGUCCGUUGAUCUUCGAUUCACAAACUACUACAUGGACAUGGAACUUGACAUCAGUCCUCUAAACCUUUCAUUAACUGGCCUGUCGACCGAUCCCGAGUCACCAGAAAUGGAAUCAUCGAACACACAGCUGUUCCUUGACGGCAUUCGAGUAUUUGGCCAUCGACUCUUUGGCCUCCCACCCACGGAACCUACGUACCUCUGCAAUUGGGAUGUGUCCGCAGGAACGGUAUCGGGCGAGUGCACAGCCGAGUUUCUGGCAGCUUUGGCACGUGGCGGUACCGCAUUUGCCUUCACGUUCGAUGAUGUGGAAAAUGCUCUGGUUCCCUACUCGUCUCUAGUGUUCGACGAUGUGACGUUUGCUAGGGUCGAUGUGGAAUCAGUGCACCUGUGGCUACAUGUGGACGAGGCGGCCAUGCUUCUAUCGACAGAUAGGAUCACUGUCAACUCCAACGACUGGGCGAAUUCUCAUUACUCUAAGCGAGCUGACAUUGACAUCCCCAACAUACAAGUGUCUUGUGUCGACUCUGAGUCUGCAGCGCGGCAUAAAUCAAGGCCGGAUCAUCCGGUAGACACCAUUGCCUAUCUGCAAACGAAUGUACGCAUGGCCUCCAUCGGGAGGAAACUGCACUUUUCUGAAAAGCUCAGCCUGCAACAAGAGCUUGUGCGGCGCGAGGACCAAAGGACUACCCGCACGCCGUUUCUCCUGAAACCUGAUUGCUUGGAUGAGUUCUUGCCUGACCCCUUGGAACCUCCCGCACAAUGCGCCCCAGCUCCACCUCAUCCUCUUCAUGAGGCCGGAGAUCACGCCCUAUCUGGAGCCGCCGAUGACAAUCCUAGCCACAGCAACUUUCAUCAACACUCCUCCGUGGCCUUUACGAGCCAGUACUAUACCCCAUACUUCACCUUGGCCGGCGUUCAGCCGGAUGCUUCUGAAGUACCGCUGCCAGCCCAGCACAACGAGCCGCCGGCAUACGCCAACGACUUCCUUUCCGGUCGUGGCCAAGACCUGAACGACAUUGACGCGAGCCAAUUUGAUGAGGAGCAUGCAUACUCAAGUCUUAUGGUUGAAUUCACGACGGCAGUGAUUGCCUUCAUCAGCCCAGCUGCGAUCAAGCAUGGCCUGUCGCUUGUCAGCGCACUGCAGCCCACUGAGCCUGAUGAUAUUUUAGAUACCUUGCAGACAAGCUCUUUAGGCAAGAUUUUCGACGGCAAGAAAGAGAAGGAAGCCCACGGCUCAGUCAAAGAUCUCCUUGUAAAGCUGCCACGAGCAAGCGUUCGCAUUCUGAACUCCUCGACUUUUGGGCUCUCGCAGGAUGUAGAGUCAGAGGAGCGCGACCAGUAUGACGUAACAAUCACUGAACUCGGGCUGGUCACUCGCACAACCUCCUACCGGGGGGACGCGGUCGACUCGCUGCAGAUGGGCUCCAAAACUUCCCUCCAUCUUCGGCUAGGAUCUAUUGAGUUGUCAGCUUCCGAGAGAUCAUCAACACUGGAGGAACCCCAAGCAGCUGUAAUGGUUCAAAUAGACCAGGUUGUGAUCUCUGUGGGAGCACGCGAGAUUACAUACUUUGAUGCUGAUGUGGGCUCAAUUCAUCAGUUCCUCCAGGACAAUGCAGCACCGACUUGGACGGUGCCCCCCGAUGCUGCAGAGCUAGUCAUAGCUGCGUUUCAGCGCUGGCGGAGUUGGGAUCUUGAUAAUAUCAGCAACGCCGUUGUUCUGCGCAAGAUCUUUCCAACCCUCAACGAGACUCAGGCGAUCGGAGGGGAUGGGCUGCCCGUUCUCGGCGCCUGUCGACUUGGCGACAUGCACUUUGUGCUCGACCCAGGGCCCAAAGAGAACAAAGUGGGCAUUGUCGAUGUUUCGGUCAGAGUUGAGAAGAUGAUGAAGAGUGACGCAGCAAUGCUCCCCGAAACCAACACGCAGAACGCUCUCCUUACAACGAUCAGCGUCUGCUGCAACGAAGGUGCAAUUCACGUUAACUGGGAGGUCUGCGAGCUUAUUGAGGACGUGCUCCGACUUUAUAACCAAAGCCAAGAGCGCGGCAAGGCCGUCGCAAAGACAGCUCAAAAGCGCCACCGACCCGAUCAGUCAGCAGCCAGAACGCCGGCCUUUCAUGUGGUUGCAGAAGUCAUACAAGGCUCAAUUGAAGUAGAGACGGUCAACCUACGGUCAACAACUGUUACCGAGUCCUUCAAAGUUUCAGGCUUGAUGUAUGGGGGUGACAAUGUAGCACAGUCCCUCAACGUUAUCACACAUUGCACCUCAGUCACAUCGAGCUUGGAAAGUCACGCGCUGUUGCUCAGCGUCUUUCAAUUGCGCGAUCCCAGCAUCUUCGCUUCGCUGGAGCACGAAAAAUCUGACGAAGCCUCUACGCAGAUCGUCAAGUCUACUGUCAGCAGUAGUAGUCUGAAGUACGUUGUGAAGCAGGACCCCACGACACUUCUCGAGAUUCUCGAUCAUCUACUCAAAGAUGAGGCUACGCAAAUCAACCAGCUUCUAAGACACGUAGCUGAGCAUCGACAGCCACAGCCUAAGCAUAAAGAAGACUCGAAUGUGAGACAGCGCCUUUCUACCUUCAGGUUCAAUGUUGCUUUGUUUUUGGAGCGGUACAUCAUCAGCGUGCCUCUGUUACAGACUCUGACGUACAAAAUCACCGGCAAUGUUGCCAGAGCUUCGUGUGCAGCCAAUUUCGGAAAAGAGAUCAUCUUCGACUUUGACGUUAAGGAAAACUCGCAUGAGAUGCAUAUUGACGUGCGCGACGAGCCUCGUCGCAUAUCUCUGAUGCAGAUCCCUCCAACAAAUGGACGCAUCAGAAGUCAAACUGGUCAAUCCGAGCAUGUGCUUACUGUAUUGUCUUCAGUCGAGCUCAUGCAACUGGAUGCGUCGGCAGUCUAUAGCCUGCUGGGUGCACUCAAUCGGCCACAAAUAUCCAGCACUAUUGAGGAGAUACAGGAGCAGGUCAAGGUCGUGCAAAGACAUUUUGGGGACGUCUUUCGACCUGAUACCGAACCACAUCCCGACCCGACAAACAACAAGCCAGACGGCGGUGACAGUGGGAAGCGAACGUUGAUAUACGAUGUGCAUCUGACAUUCGCUGGAUUGCAGGUGUCGGCCAUAACGCCAUUAGGCUCGUAUCCUAAACCCGUGUCUCAAGUUUUGUUCUCUCUGGACAAGUUGCAAUUGCAAGCAGCUAACCGCCUCGACCCCCAAGCUCCUAUCAUGAAGUACCCCGAGGUUCAUUUCAAUUUGAAGCAAAUCGGAUUCGACAUACGCAGGGGCCAGCGGGAUGCUAUGAAGUCUUGUGGUCGGAUAGGGGCUGGUGUCACCAUGUCUGCCGGCGCCAAGGAAGGAAGCGACGGCAAGGAAGACUGGGCAUUUGACUUCCGAAGCCCUGAUCUUGAUGUCAAUCUCUCCCCCGAAAUGGUAUCGACAAGUCUGGCCGUCCUCGCGUACCUCCGUGACAAGAUCAAGGAUCUGGAUACUUCACGAGAACUGGACUAUUUACGGAAGCUGCGAGAGUCGAAGCCGAGGAUUACAAUCAAUGACAGCUCCCUUGAAGUCGAAGACGAAGACAUCAUUGACUCGGUCUUGUCGAGAUUGGUCUAUCAAUUUGAGUUGCAGAAUAUCAGAGCCUCGUGGAACGUGGAAACGGACAGCGAUCCCCGCUCAGUCAACAAAGAGGACCUAGUGCUGUCCAUCAAACUCAUCCAAUUCGGUACGAGGACCAAACGAUCUGCUCGUCUCACCAUAGACAGCCUGCAGCUGCAGACAGUGCCCCAAGGCCAAGACAAAACUCUGCGGUCCCUUCACUCGGCAUUACUACCAGAAGUGAUCUUUAAUGUAGCAUACAUUUCUACCCCCAAUGCCCGGCGAAUGGCCUUCCAAGCAGUUGGCCAGUCACUGGAUCUCCGGUUGACAUCAGCUUUCAUCGUGCCAGCGGCCAACCUGAUGGGCUCGAUCUCCAAAUCAAUCAACCAUGUGCAGGAGGCGUCUGCCGGUUGGGGCUCGUCGUUCGGUCCGGAAAAGAUGCCCAAGGAAGAUGACCACAAUGCGCUGAGUCAGACUCCUGCCAACGGUCCUAAUGCCUCUGAUCGGCCUUGGAAUCUAUUUGGCAAGAAGCGACUGGAGAGCAUGCUCAUCGAUGCUGAUUUUGCCGGCGCUGUGGUGCACGUGUCAAGCAAACGCAACUUCAGCAAUGCCGCCAGAAUUUCCAAACUCAACCGCCCAUCGCUCGCAGGCAAGUAUGGUCAGUUCAACGCCGAUGACUCGGGCAGUGGCGCCGUCUUACGCAGUCCUGGUCUGGCCUGGAAGCUUGAAUUUUCUGACAAUGGCCAUGAUGACCCAACGGUUUCCGGAGAAAUCAAGAUUGAUGCAUCAAGCAACAUUUUGUAUCCUUCUGUGGUACCUCUCGUGUUGGACAUUGUAUCAAGCGUACAAGAAGUGGUCGGGAGGGAGAAGACCACUGCGAAGAAGCCGAACCCGUCGCCGCCAUUCCUACAGCCGCAGCAGUCGGGCGCCGAAGACACUAUCCUCACGGCGGAUCCAAGCGCUGUUCUUGGACGCACGAAGCUAAACCUGGGUCUUCGUAUUUGCAGGCAAGAGUUUUCACUGAGUUGCCAGCCCAUUGCCCGCGUAGCGGCGACGACUAGCUUCGAAAGCAUCUACUUUACAGCGAACACUGUCACGUCGACUGAUCACGGCAACUUCUUCGCCAUAUCAGGCACAUUUGACAGACUGAAGGCCUCAGUACAACAUGUCUAUUCCCGAGAGUCGACAGGCAGCGUUGAGAUCCAAAGGACUACACUGUCUCUCAUGAACAGCAAACACGUCAGUGGUACGAGUGGUGUAUCCGCCAUUCUUAAUGUCAGUCCGAUGAAGGUGACGAUCAACGCCAAGCAAGUGCAAGACUUCUUGCUGUUCCGCGAAAUCUGGUACCCGGCCGAGCUCCGCGACAGGAACACUGCCCCGGUGGCGAAGCUGACGACGGAGAAUUCGCAAGGCCAUCUCAUGCAGCGCUACCAGCAAGUCGCCGCGACUGCUGCCUUUCCCUGGACGGCGACAAUCUCCAUUGCUGCGCUGGACGUGGCUGUCGACUUGGGGCAGGCCAUUGGGAAAUCCGUGUUUCGCAUUGCCGAGUUUUGGAUAUCGUCGAAAAAGACAUCAGAUUGGGAACAGAACCUCUGCCUCGGCUUUCAACGGAUCAGUAUUGAUUGCUCGGGGCGCCUCAGCGGCUUCAUUGCGCUGCAAGACUUCAAGCUGCGCACGUCUAUACAAUGGCCUAAGCGAGAGCAGGCGCUCAACGAGACGCCAUUGGUCCAAGCAUCCAUUGGCUUUAACGCUCUGCGCAUCAAGGCCGCCUUUGACUACCAAGCCUUCCUCGUUGCGGACAUAACAAGGCUGGAGCUUCUCAUGUACAAUGUCCGUGAGGAUACGGCUGGACGUGGUGAUCGUCUUGUGGCCAUUUUCGACGGCGAGGCGGUGCAGAUUUUUGGGACGACCACGUCCACUGCCCAAGCAGUCGCGCUCUAUCAAGCUAUCAAGAGGCUCACUCAAGAAAGACAGGAGAACUUUCAAUCCUCUCUUAGGGAGAUUGAGAAAUUCAUGAAGCGCAAGUCAAGUACUACCGUUCGCUACAGCUCGCAACCCUCGGAUUGUCUAAAAUUACCGGGGGAGGAGCGGCUAGCCAAGGCCCCCAUCUCUCUCGAUACGGAUGUGGUGGUCACUCUGAAGGCGCUGAACCUCGGCGUGUUUCCGAGCACAUUCUCAGACCAUCAGGUUUUCAAAAUCGAGGCGCUGAAUGCUUAUGCGCGGUUUGCUGCUAGCUUGGAGGCCGGAAGAGUGCACAGCAUUUUGAAACUGACUCUAGGCCAGCUUCGCAUAGGGCUGGCUGGAGUCAGGAACGGUGAGGCGCCCAGAGCGCUCAGCGAGAUCUCUGUAAACGACGUGGUGCAGCGUGCCACUGGGUCACGAGGCGGCACCAUAUUGAAGGUUCCGCAGGUAUCAGCCGUCAUGGAGACAUGGCAAACCCCUGAAAGUAACCUGAUCGACUACAUCUUCAAGAGUGCCUUCGAGGGCAAGGUGGAAGUGGGUUGGAACUACUCGCGCAUCAGCUUCAUACGGGGCAUGUGGGCAAAUCAUUCCAGGUCCGUUGAAGCGACAUGGGGUAAGGAGCUGUUGCCUAUGGCGACCGUCAAAAUUACUGGAGUGCCGGAGGGUGAAGGCGAGCGCAAGGAGGGAGAGCAACAGAAGAUUACGGCCGAGGUCAACGUGCCUCAAUCCAAGUAUACUUACGUUGCCCUCGAGCCGCCUGUCAUUGAAACGCCGCAGCUUCGAGACAUGGGAGAGGCCACGCCACCGCUGGAGUGGAUUGGAUUGCAUCGAGAGAGGCUGCCCAAUUUGACGCAUCAGAUUGUAAUAGUUUCCCUGCUGGAACUGGCUGGCGAGGUGGAUGAUGCCUACUCACGCAUUCUGGGAGCAUCUUGA